AUGCAACAGUUACCUAGAAGCAGUGUCUCAUCGUCGAGUGCAGUGACGAGUGAGUCGGUGCAGCAGGUAUUGGUGUUGUCGAUGGAGAUGCGCACGGAGGCGCAGUCCGCGGGCGAGUGCGGCAGCUGCUCCGCCGACUGCGCCGCGACGCGCCCGUUCGCGAGCCGCAGCGAAGCCGCGCGCCCGCCCGUGCCUGUCGCUGCGCCGCCUCCACCAUCCUCGCAUCUGUACACAUCAAUACGUACUUAA